AUUUAAAAAUAUGACACGAUAUAGUGCAGAAGAAUUAGAAACUAAAUUUAAAGGAUCAGCCUCGAUAAGAAUAAGCGAAAAGAAAAGCGGCAAUAAUGGUGGAAGAUGCGAUUAUGGUGGAGCACAUAAUUUAAAGGAAGAUUGCCAGAAAUUAUCUGAACUCUUUGCUAAUAUUACUGAGUUGAGAAAUUGUCGCAGAGAGUUAACCACUUUUAACAAUCAGGAAGAGUUUGAAAAGAACAAACGAGAGUUAUUAGAAAAAGUUAACGAAGCCAUUAAUAAUUUACAAAUGAGAACUAGCGAUAUUAACAAUUUUCGUAAAGAAAUUGAAAUGCUUAGGAGCGAUAUUGAAAAUGUUUCUUACAAUGAAGCCAAAGAAUUAUUAAAGUUAAAUGUUGAAGAAAGAAAACUGCAAAAAGAAAUCGAAGAAAACGAAAGAAAAGCCCGCAACGAACCAGACGAGAAUAAAAAAAAGCAAUUUAUCUUUUUAGCUGAGGACUUUUUAAAAGCUGUGGAGAAUAAAUUGAGUGGUAAAAAUAGACCGCCAAGGACAACUAGAACUGCUAAUCCUCAGCAACCAGCAACUGGUUUUGGUAAUCCUAGUAGUUCUAAUCCUAAUCCUCAAAGCACUGCUUAUGGAAAUUAUUCGCCAAAUUCUAACAAUAAUAAUCCGGAGCAAAAACCUUUCGCGGAAAAAUAUUGA